CGGCGAAGAAAAGGAGGUGGAAAGAAAAAAAAUGUCAUUAGAAGAGGCGUAACACGUCAGUCCCUACCCAGGUUUGUUUCCUGGAGUGGGUGUAAGACAUCAGUUGUAAACCUGCCCUUGCAGGAAUAGCGGUCCCUCCCUCCUCCCAACUAUUUCUAAGGCUUUAUUUCUAAGGCUUUAUUAUCACCGGUGGAAAAGGAUCCGCUCACCGACGCGCUCCAGUAUCAUCCUGCCUCGCAACUAUCUCCACGAGACACCUCUCUGCGCCCUCCUAAAACAGAUAUCAAGCUGAAAUCAAGGAAUCGAGUCCAUGCGAGCUGCCAUCUGAUCCCACACACACUUAUCAAUGAAGCAAGAGAUCAUGGCGGAUGGCCCCAGGUGUAAGAGGCGAAAACAAGCCAACCCGAGACGGAAAAACGCAGCUCUGAACUACGAGAACGUGCCGGAGACGGGCUCGGAGACGGAGGAGGACGACAAGCUGCCGGCGUCCGAGGAGGACCCCGCCACGAUGAACGGCGCCGGCAGCCCGGCCAGCCUCGGCCGCCCGGAGGCCUCGCCGCUCGCCGAGAGCCGCGGCCUCCUGCUCACCAAGGAGGAGGAGGAGGAGGACGAGAUGAGGGACAGCGGCGUGGAGCACAUCUGGCCCGACAACGACAUGCUGAGCGCCUCCGUGGACGGUACUGAUGAAAUAAAGGAUGACUUCGACACCCUGGGGCCCGACGCCGCUCUGCAGGCGGUUGGAAACGGUACAGUCAAGAGCGUCGAUUGCACUUCGGAGUUCGAGGACUUCUUCGCCAAGCGGAAGCUGGACGACGGCGACAGCCACGUGGCGAGCAUCGCCGAGUACCUGCAGCGCGGCGACACCGCCAUCAUCUACCCAGAAGCCCCGGAGGAGCUGUGCCGCCUGGGCACGCCGGAGGCCGCCGGGCCCGAGGACAACGACCUGCCACCUGGAACGCCAGAUGCCUUCGCCCAACUGUUGACCUGCCCCUACUGCGACCGCGGCUACAAGCGGCUGACGUCUCUGAAGGAGCACAUCAAGUACCGCCACGAGAAGAACGAGGAGAACUUCGCCUGCCCGCUGUGCAACUACACCUUCGCCUACCGCACGCAGCUGGAGCGCCACAUGGCCACGCACAAGCCCGCCCGCGACCAGCACCAACUGCUCAACCAAGCGGCCGGCAACCGCAAGUUCAAAUGCACCGAGUGCGGCAAGGCCUUCAAGUACAAGCACCACCUGAAGGAGCACCUCCGGAUCCACAGCGGUGAGAAGCCGUACGAGUGCCCCAACUGCAAGAAGCGCUUCUCCCACUCCGGCUCCUACAGCUCCCACAUCAGCAGCAAGAAGUGCAUCGGCCUGGUCGCCGUCAACGGGCGCAUGCGCGGCAGCAUGAAGACCGGCUCCUCCCCCACCUCCUCCUCCUCCUCGCCCACCAACAGCGCCAUCACCCAGCUGCGCCAGAAGCUGGAGAACGGCAAGCCGCCGCCGGGCGGCCUCCCCGACCACGGCGGCCUCCACCUGAGCAUCAAGACGGAGGCGCUGGACUUCAACGACUACAAGAUGAUGAUGGCGUCCCACGGGUGGAACGGGGCCGCCGGGCCCUUCAUGAACGGAGGAGGAGGAGGAGGAGGCAUGGGGGGGAACAGCCCGCUGGGGGUCCACCAGAACUCGACGGGCCACAGCCCCCUGCUCCCUCUGGCCAUGGCGGGGCUGGAGUCGCAGCUGCUGUGCUACCCGGGCCCGCUGGCCAACAACCUGAGCGAGGUGCAGAAGGUGCUCCAGAUCGUGGACAACACGGUGUGCCGGCAGAAGAUGGACUGCAAGCCCGAGGAGCUCUCCCGGCUCAAGGCCUACAUGAAGGAGCUGGGCACCCAGGUGGAGGAGCAGAAGCAGGCGCUGACGUCGGCGGGGGCGGCGGGCGGCCUCCCGCUCGUCAACCACAACGGCGCCACCAAGAGCAUCAUCGACUACACGCUGGAGAAGGUGAACGAGGCCAAAGCCUGCCUCCAGAGCCUCACGGCGGACUCCAAGAGGCAGAUGGGCAGCAUCAAGCGGGAGAAGCCCCUCCACCUGCUGGACGGGGAGGAGAAGGCGCCGGAGGGCCUCCUGUUCACGCCCUACGCCUGCCAGUUCUGCAAGGAGUCCUUCUCGGGCCCCAUCCCGCUGCACCAGCACGAGCGCUACAUGUGCAAGAUGAACGAGGAGAUCAAAGCCGUGCUGCAGCCCAGCGAGAACAAGCAGCCCGCCACGUACCUGGACAGGAGCGCCCACCUGCUGUCGGAGAAGGGCUUCAUGGUGAACCCGUACCGCGACCACAUGUCCGUGCUCAAGGCCUACUUCGCCAUGAACAUGGAGCCCAACGCCGACGAGCUGCUCAAGAUCUCCAUCGCCGUCGGCCUCCCGCAGGAGUUCGUCCGGGAGUGGUUCGAGCAGCGGAAGAUGUACCAGUACGGCAUCGCCCGCAGCCUGCCGCUGGACAGCCGGCACGCCGCGGAUGUGGCGGCGGCGGGCGGCGGCGGGGCGAACAACCGCCACACGCCCCCGAAGGACUCCCGGUCCCCCGUGAAGCCGGCGGAGCGCAUCACCUCGCCCUCCAUCGCCGAGCUGCACAACAACGUGAACAACUGCGACAACCCGCUCAGACACUUGAAAAGCAGCCAGUUCGUUGGCGUUGGCGUUGGCGUUGGCGUUGGCGUUGGCAAACCCGGCCGCGAGAAGCUGGAGCUCUGCCGCAGCAACACGCCGUCCCCGCUCAACCUCUCCUCCACGUCUUCCAAGCACUCCCACAGCAACUCCUACACCCCCAACAGCCUGACCUCGGAGGACCUUCAGGCCGAGCCGCUGGACCUGUCGCUGCCGCGCCUCCUCAAGGAGCCCAAGCACGCGCUGACCGUGCGCAGCCGGCCCCGGGCUAACGGCGUGGGCGCGGAGCGCGGCGGCGGCGUCCCCUCCCCCCGAGAGCACUUCGAGGAGCCGCUGAACUUGGUGUACUUCAAGAAGGAGUUCUCCGGCUCCGUCAACGGCUCCCUGGAGAAGAGCACCAGCCCCAUCUUCGGCAUGAACCCGUUCGCCGGCAAGCAGCUGUACACGUCCCUCCCCCCGCAGAGCGCCUUCCCCCCCGCCACCUUCAUGCCCCCCAUGCAGGCCAGCAUCCCGGGGCUCAGGCCCUACCCGGGCCUGGACCAGAUGGGCUUCCUGCCGCACAUGGCCUACACUUACGCGGCGGGGGCGGCGACCUUUGCCGAGAUGCAUCAGAGGAGGAAGUACCAGCGGAAACCCGGUUUCCAGGGGGAUCUGCUCGACGCCACAGCCGACUACAUGUCGGGGCUGGACGACAUGACAGACCCCGACUCCUGUCUGUCGCGGAAGAAGAUCAAGAAGACCGAAAGUGGUAUGUACGCGUGUGACUUGUGCGACAAAACAUUCCAGAAGAGCAGUUCCCUUCUAAGACACAAAUAUGAACACACAGGCAAGCGGCCUCACCAGUGCCAGAUCUGCAAGAAGGCCUUCAAGCACAAGCACCACCUCAUCGAGCACUCGCGGCUGCACUCGGGCGAGAAGCCGUACCAGUGCGACAAGUGCGGCAAGCGCUUCUCCCACUCGGGCUCGUACUCGCAGCACAUGAACCACCGCUACUCCUACUGCAAGAGGGAGGCGGAGGAGCGGGAGGCGGCCGAGAGGGAGGCGCGCGAGAAGGGCCACCUGGAGCCCACGGAGCUGCUGAUGAGCCGCGCCUACCUGCAGGGCGUGACGCCCCAGGGCUACCCGGAGCUGGCGGAGCGCGGCGCCAUCAUGAGGCGCGACGCCGUGAACGGGGGCGGGAUCACCAGAGAGGGGCGCGGCGGCGAGGAGGAGGAGGAGGAGGAGGACGGAGCGUACGGCAAGAUGGGGUGCGGCAGGGACGAGGAGUUCCUGGAGGAGGGGGAGGAGGAGGAGGAGGAGGAGGAGGAGAGCAAGAGCAUGGACACGGACCCGGACACGAUGAGGGACGAGGAGGAGAACGGGGAGCACUCGAUGGACGACAGCUCGCUGGACGGCAAGACGGAAACCAAAUCGGAGCACGAGGACGCGAUGGAGGACGGCAUGUAACCACGGAAACGAGAAGCGCUUCCCGACUUGAAGAGUUUCCUCUCUCGGCUCAGUAUUCUUAACCCGCGCGGUUUUUAAAAAAAACGCCCGACGUGCACGUGCCUGGAGCUUCAGGAAGCUUUCUUUGACGGACUCCUCGGGGGGCGAGGGGGGGGGGAGGGGGGGUGUCUGCAGAACUAGACACAGACUCAGAAGUCAAUCCGGAGGAGGUCACUGAGGGACGGGAGGCAUGGGUUUGUGAAAUAAGCUGCAUUAUGCAAACCGAACAAUGAAUAAAUGAAUACAUUUCAAAAAAAUGUACAGUACUAAGGCCUGAAAAUAUGUGUGGUGCUAACCUCCUCAAAUAAACCCCGUGUUCCAUAGUAUUUAUAGCACAACUAGUGACUUGUACAAAUUGCACUCCGCUUCUAUAAUCAUGAACAAAAAUAAUAAAAAGUAUUGCCUAUGUAUAUAUUUAUACAGUGUUGGAAAAAGAGCAGUAGUGUCUGCACUACAGUCCUUCAUAUUACCUUUGUUAUCACCUUCCUUCCUUGCUCCCUACGGUGUCGUCUUUCCUUUUCAAACGUUUCCACUCACCAUUUUUCAGGCCUCUUCAAUCAAAAAAACGUCAAAUGAAGGAAUUUAAACAAAAAGACUGUACCAAGGCGCUUAGAGGAAUUUUUUUUAAAGAGGACGGAAGUUUUAAAAAGAGACCUUCAUUUUACGGGAAAAUACAGUUUAUGAACAGAAGGUGUUGGGGGGGUGGGGGGGGGGUAUUAAAAAAAUGAAGGACGAAGCCUUUGUAAGGUGUUUUUGAUAAGAAAAAAGAAGCCUUAUAUGCAAACCUUUUAACCUGUGUGUUUUCUGCAAGUGCCACCCUCGUAUUGUGUAACAGGAAGGUUCAUUUGUGUCACCAGCUUCAGUAUUAUGAAAUGGUUCACCGUGGUUCUCUGAAGCAUCCGUGUCAGUAUUAAGACUUAUAGGCAGCAGGUCCUUAGUUUACAUUAUGUUGUGCAAUGUUUUCUCAGUUUCUUUACUUUUUAACUUUGUCAGUAUUACACCAAACCUUUUUUUUUUUUUUUUAAAGCAAAUUGCAUUCGUUUUUAUUUGUAGGUUGAUAAAAAUAAAAAAAACAUUUAUUUAUGUGGCCCAUUUUAUAUUUCCUAAUUUUAUUUAUUUCAUACUGUUGUGUACAGUACUAUAGUUCUUCAAUAUAUAGAUAUAUUUUAGUAAAAAGGAACAUGGUGUCGAUCAUAGGGGCAAAUUUUACGUAAAGAGAGCAUUUAUUGUGUUUUGAAACAUUGUGAAAUGCGAAGUUUAAUCUUAUUUUAUUUUAUUUUCCUUUUUAUUUUCCAGUUGCUGGAAAAUUCCAAAUUUGGGAACUUUUAUACAAUUGUGAAAACACUGUAUUUUCGACUGAAAAAUUCCACUUUCUUCAUCUUUGUUUCUUUUUUUUAAGCUAAAAAAAAAAAAAUGAAGAGGGACUGUUAAAUACUAUGUAUGAUAUCAUAUUGACUGAAGAAGAAUCUUUCCUGAAAUGUCUUUGUAAAAGUAUUAUUGAAUUCAUAAUUUGUAAUUUCUCUUGAAAAUGACCCUGCUCGAAUAAAAGUAGCCAAAUUACAGAGUACCAAA